AUGUCGGACACCGGUGUCUCCACUAGCAGUCACUCCUCGCAGUCUCUUCUGCUCUACAAGAUCACUACCUUCGCGUCGUACAUCAUUCUCGUGGUGACGGCUUUCUACUACACCUUCAACUCGCCGGAUGGCAAGGCGCACAACAACAACCAUCAUCAUCGCCACAGUCACCACCAUGAGAUUGAGCACCAGGGGAGGUUCUGGCAGCACAAUGGAGCUACGCCGUUUGCGCAGAGCAGUAUUAUCACGAGCAUCUACUGGAUCGUUCUCUUUGUUCUCCAGCUAGUCUACGCCUGGUCCCUCUGGAGCUCCAACGCCGUCUAUGUCACCGCCGCCGCCAACAUCGGCAAGCACUACAUUGCCUCCAAUCUGCUCCUCUUCGGUUUCAUUCAUCUGUGGGUGCGCUCGCACUACUGGCUCGCUGAGGUGCUCAUCAUCCUCAACUUCUUCAACCUGUCGUUUGCCUACUUCCGCCACAGCACCACGCCCCGCGCUAUCCACAUUGGCACUGUCAGCGGACCGCUGGCCUGGAACUUCGCCGCCCUGUACUGGGUCGGUGCCGCGGCCGUGGACACGGACCGUCUCGCUGCGAGAGUUGUAGCCAACGUCUUCAUCUGGGGAUGGGCCGGAUACGGCAUGUUCUUUUUGGCCGCGUACAAGGACUACACCAUGGGAUUUGCCCUGUCGGUGCUUGCUUUCUCGACGGGUGUCGGUCAGUUCCUCACAAAGACGCCUCUCCUCCAGCUUCAGUGGAUCUUCGCCUUCGCAAUUGGCGGUCUCCUCUUCGUCCUCUCCCUUGCUGUUGGUCUGCCUGGCUUGCUGGGUCGCGAUAUCUUCCCGCGUGGCCAGAUUGUCGAUGAGGACCGCGAGCGCGCGCCCUUGUUGGCUGAUGAUUAG